GACAAUACACCGAAGUACAAGGGUUUAAAAAAAAAAAAAGAAAAAAGAAAAAGUGUAUUUUGAGGCUGUCUCAUUGGAGUAACUGCUUCUUCUUCACUGAAGGUCUUCAAGGAAAUAUGGAGCAAUUGCUUACUGGAAGGUCACAAGUCAGGUUGAACCAAAACUUCAGUAUAUUCUUCAAUUCCAAGCAAAAUGAACAUAUCUAUGUUGCUACUGUUUCCUCACCAUCACUUUCUUAGAAGCUUUUCAAAAACUUUUUUCCGAAACUACCAAUUCAUCUUUCAUUCAGGCACUCGUUUUGGAUCUGGAUUCCCAUGUACUCGACCACUUAAUUCUAUUGGAUUGUAUCAUGCAAAGUGGAUGCUGCCAUUAAGUAGUUUCAAGAGAAGACUAGGAGUACAGACAACCAUAAAGCUACACACAGAGGGAUUUUCUGACAAAGAACGAAGAUAUGUGGAUAAACUUUACACUGGCUUAAUCCAAGGGAAAAGGGCCUCCCUGGCAGAAGCUAUUACUCUUAUAGAAUCAACUCAUAGCAGGAAAAGAGAUUUAGCCCAAGUGCUUCUUCAGAUGGUAUUAACCUAUCACAGAGAACAAGAAGAAUCAAAUAAAGGAAAGCCACUAGCAUUUAGAGUAGGACUGUCUGGUCCCCCAGGUGCUGGGAAGUCAACAUUUAUAGAUUAUUUUGGGAAGAUGCUUACUGAGAAUGGACACAAAGUAUCUGUAUUGGCUGUGGAUCCUUCCUCCUCUACAAGUGGGGGUUCACUUUUGGGUGAUAAAACUCGAAUGAUUGAGCUGUCAAAAGAUAUGAAUGCAUACAUCAGACCAUCUCCUACUAGAGGAACUUUAGGAGGUGUAACAAGGACUACAAAUGAAGCUAUUCUUCUCUGUGAAGGAGGAGGCUAUGAUAUCAUUCUUAUUGAAACUGUAGGUGUGGGGCAAUCAGAGUUUGCAGUUGCAGACAUGGUUGAUAUGUUUGUUUUAUUACUACCACCAGCAGGAGGAGAUGAAUUGCAGGGCAUCAAACGGGGUAUAAUUGAAAUGGCUGACUUGGUAGCCAUAACUAAAGCUGAUGGGGACUUGGUUGUGCCAGCUCGAAGGAUACAAACAGAGUAUACAAGUGCAAUGAAAUUACUCCGCAAGCGCUCAAAAGUCUGGAGACCAAAGGUAGUACGCAUUUCUGCAAGGACUGGAGAAGGUAUCACUGAGAUGUGGGACAAAAUGAGAGAAUUCCGGGACCUUAUGCUUGCCAGUAGUGAGUUCAUUAGCAAGAGACAGAAGCAGCAGAAAGUCUGGAUGUGGAACCUAAUCCAGGAAAAUGUGUUAGAACAUUUUCGAAAUUGCUCAUCAGUGAAGGACCAGAUUCCUCUUCUGGAAGAAAAGGUUGCUGCGGGGGAUAUUUCUCCAGGACUAGCAGCAGAUCUAUUGUUGAAAGCUUUUAAAACACAAAACUAAUUUAUAUGAUCCAUGAAUAUGUUAAAAUAUUUUAAUAUUAAAAUUAACUCAUGAUAUUUA